AUGGGCAAGGACCGCAAGAAGGACAAAAAGGACAAGAAAUCGAAGAAGGAUAAAAAAGAUCGCAAGCACGACAAGAAGGAGCGCAAGCACAAGAAGGAUAAGCACAAUAAGAAGGAGGAAGAGGAGGAAGAUGAAUGGGUGGUCCCAACUGCCGCCGAUGACCAAUCCGAUGAUUUCCUGCUACGCACUCCCCCGCGAGCGUCGAACGACGAUGCCGCCGCUGCAGCACACGAUGACGACGACCCGUUGGCGGCUCUGCCAGUGCACAAGGCCCCCAGCCAGCGCGACGACGCCGGGCUGAGCUGGAUGCUUCGUCCUCCUCCCCGUGCUGCACCCCGCCCCCCGCCCGAGCGUCCGGCUUCACCACCUCCCGACCCCAAGCCGCGAGAGCUCAACCCCUACUUGGCCGAUGGUGGGUCUGGCGUGCCGACGGAAGAGGAGGGCACACCUGGCGAGCGCGCGCCGAGCGGAGAGCUCGCGAACGCGCACGAGAAGAGGGCACUGAUCCAUCCGCCCCUGCGCCGGUACUACGCCUCUCCUGCGGGGCACAGCGGACAGACUAGCACGUUGUGGACUGACUCGUGCGUAUGCCGCGUUUCCCAGACGGUGCCACCCGAGUCGGUCAGGCGAGACCCGUACGGAAGCCGCGAUGGAGGACGAGGAGGCGCGUCUGGUGAGCGCGGGGGAUGGCGAAAGCGCAACGACGACAACGCCCACGACGAUCGACGGCGAGAAAGCGACAGCCGCCGUGGUGACCGUGAUCGCGAUGAUCGCCGAGGCUCCGCCAACAACCACCACGAUGAUCACGACGACGGAGGUCACGUCUUCCGUACGCGCAAGAGGGAGCUCCCGCCCGCGCGGAGUGAAGACUCGCGCCGUCCCGCGCCCUCUGGUAGCGUACCCUCCGCCAGGUGCAUGUACCCCUUACCCAAGUCUCAUGUGUGUGUCGUAUACGUGUGCGGUCGUGUGUGCGGUGUUGUCGUGUAUUCGCACUGA